AUGAGAAGGUAUGUACCGGUGUAAAAUUUAGAAGAAGAAUCUACUAGAUAACCUAAAAUUAUUAAAUAAUUAGAUAUCUAUGAUAAAAUUGAAUAAUGGGGGGAAUGGCUAUGGCUUAAAUUUUAAGCUAUACUUUGGAUUUCAGCAGCUGUAGCUAUAGUUUAUUAUUCAAACUUUUUUAAAUAAUUGUUUCAUAAUGAAAAUAUCAAUGAGUAAUCAAAACAAUCAAAUUAGACUUUUUCUUACAUUUGCAUUAUUAUUUAUUGGCAUGAGCAUUAGUUUAUCAUUAUAUGUUGCAUUUUAUUUACCAUGUAUAAAAGGCAUAACUGAGGACAUAGAAACAUAUAAUCCAAAAGCAAUAUAAUUAGGUGCCUUUGCUGGGUUUAUGAGUUUCAUAACGUAUAAAUAUUAAUCAUAUAUUAUUAGUUUAACAAUUGCUAUAUGGCCUGUAUUUGGAUGGUGGAGUUUUCCUAUGUUAUUUGCAAUGUUUUUGGGUUUCAUUAAUACAGGACACUUUUUACCAAAUCAUUAAUUUAGUGGUCUCUUAUUUGGAGCAAUUUUUAUUGGAGCAUUUUUCUCACAUUAUUAUAUUGAUCAUGAUGGUUAUAUGCAUUGA